AUGUCGAAAGCGCCCUCCAAAUCCGUGUUCGUAGGCAAUAUCCCGUAUGGCCUCACCGAAGAGCAGAUCAUACGCAUAUUCAGCACGGCGGGAAAGGUGCUGAACUUCCGACUCGUGUAUGAUAGGGAGACGGGCCGGCCCAAAGGAUUCGGCUUCGUCGAGUUUCCAGAUUCAGACUCGGCCGCUUCUGCAGUACGCAACCUCAAUGACCACGAAAUCAUGAAUCGCAAGCUGCGCGUCGACUUCUCAAAUGACGGAGACAAUGGCGAUGACAACUCUGCUCCAUUGAACUACCAACACCAACCCCCUCCUAUGCCCAUCGCCAUGCCUUCCAACGGCUAUGCCGCCCCCUCUCCACUCGAGGGCCCCCCUCGCGGAGCACCCUCGUCGAUCCCCCCUCUUCCCCUCGGCGUCGAGCUUCCCCAAGGACUCACUUGUCCCGAUGCCAUCUCGCGCACGCUCAACACCCUACCCCCAGCUCAACUCCUUGACGUCCUCUCGCAGAUGAAAACCCUCGCCACGACCGACGCCGCCCGCGCAACCGAACUCCUGCAUCAAGCCCCCCAGCUCUCGUACGCCAUAUUCCAAGCCCUACUCCUCAUGGGCCUCGUAUCUACCGAAGCCCUAUCCUCCGUCGUCGAGCAAGCAUCCGCCGCGCCGCCUAUGCCCCAGCCUCCUCCCCAGCAAAUCCAUCAACAAGCUCAACAUCAGCCGUACAGCGCGCCUCCACCAGGAAACUACCCACCAGGCUUCCCGCCACCACCGCCGCACAUGAGUGGACAGCUAGGCAUGCAGAUGGGCACGCCGUCUACGCAUGUGCAGGGAUACCCACCACCUGCUCCUGUGCAGCAGAGACAACAGCCGCCGCAGCAACCUCCCCCGCAGCAACAACAACAGGCGUUGCCGAACACGGAGGAUCUGAUGAGGCAGGUUAUGGAGAUGCCGCAGAGCAUGGUUGACCAAUUGCCACCAGCAGAGCGGGCGCAGAUUAUGGCACUGAGGGCGCAGUAUGGACGAUAA